AUGGCCGCUCCGCCACGGCUCGUCCCGGGAUCCUCCCUGCGCGGCUCCGCCUCCGCCGGGAACCCGGAUCGGGGCGGCGGAGCCGGCACCGCCCGGCACGGCCGGGAUCGGGAUCGGCGCUUGCGGCACCGUCCGGCGCCAUCGGGAUCGGCUCUCCCGGCACCGCCCGGCACGGCCGGGAUCGGGAUCGGCGCUUGCGGCACCGUCCGGGACUCUCGGAUCAGGCUCAGGGCUCAGCCUGGCUCUGCCCGCAGCCCCUGCCUAGGACCCGACCCCGCCCUUCUCGCCUUGCAGACGGACCAGCAGGCAGAAGCCCGUGCCUUCCUCAGCGAGGAGAUGAUUGCGGAGUUCAAAGCCGCCUUCGACAUGUUCGAUGCUGACGGUGGUGGAGACAUCAGCACCAAGGAGCUGGGGACGGUGAUGAGAAUGCUGGGCCAGAACCCCACCAAAGAGGAGUUGGAUGCCAUCAUUGAGGAGGUGGACGAGGACGGCAGCGGCACCAUCGACUUUGAGGAGUUCUUGGUCAUGAUGGUGCGCCAGAUGAAAGAGGAUGCCAAAGGCAAAUCUGAGGAGGAGCUGGCCAACUGCUUCCGCAUCUUUGACCGGAAUGCGGAUGGGUUCAUUGACAUCGAGGAGCUGGGUGAGAUCCUGAGGGCCACUGGGGAGCCUGUCACUGAUGAGGACAUAGAGGACAUGAUGAAGGAUUCAGACAAGAACAAUGACGGUCGCAUCGACUUUGAUGAGUUCCUGAAGAUGAUGGAGGGUGUGCAGUAA